GCGAAGGAUACGUAUAUGGAUGGAUGGAUGACUUCUCGUCGUAACGCACACACGAACAAUCAAACAACUCACAGAUCCACGGUGCACAAGGCACAUGCACAGCUGACACGUACACUUGGGUAGUGGCACUGCCUCAUGUGCCACCCAUCCCAUCCCUCCACCAUCCAUCCAUAGCCUCCUUCAUGUAGCAACUUGGGAGGGCAAGACAGAAUUGUAGUGCUCACCUGAAAGCGAAAAACAGACCAACAGACAAAACAGAGACAACCGUGGCGGCGUGUGCACAUCCAUGUCCGUCCCUCCGUCCGGUUGUGUGUGUGCGUGUGUCUAAUCUGUCUGCAUGGAGUAUGUCAGUACCCACCCACCCACCCAAUGCGAAUAGAUGUCUGUGGUAUGAGACCCUGAGGGGCUGUGUGCGGCCCCCGUCGAUGAGGUCCUCCCCGUAGGUGAUACUAGGCUUGUCGAUGCCACAGUACACCCUGAUAGGCAGCCGCAUGGCCUCGCUCAGCGCUCGCAGCUCCAGGUCACCGCCCCAAGCAGCCGUCUCCGCCACCUCAUCGCAGUAACGCUCGAAAGAUGCUGCCAUACAAUGCAAACCACACCACACAGCCAUUGUGAUAAAUGGACCGACGUAUGCCGUGCGCUACGCUUAUUUGUGGAGUACAGUACGUCUGCCGUUCCUUGCGACAUACAUGCAUACAUACAUACCAUCGUCGGUCAGAUUGUCGUCCAUAAAGGGCAGGAAUUCGUCCCUGUGCUUCCGGAUGUAGUCUGCGGCCAUCCGCCGGAGUUGCACGUGUGUGUAGGCCUGGUCUGCCCCCCCGCCCACCCCGAUCCCCUCUCCGCCCGACACACUCCCCUGGUACAGCCGCAGCUGGUGCUCCAGGGCUCUGAUAUAUGAACCAACCAAGAACAAGCACACACACACACAUAAGGCAGGAAGGAAGACGAUGAGAGGAGGGCUGGUCGAAUACCUACCUACUUACCUGUAGAGGCAGUUUCCAUCUGAGGGUAUGUUGUGUAUGGCAAGUGCCUCCAUCUGCAGCUGCUUGACAAUGGCAUCCAUCUCCAACGCACCUAAGUCGUCGCAACCUGCAUAAAAUCCAUCCAUCCAUCCGUUGUGGACGGCAGACAGAGUGCUUAGUGUAUUGACGGCAGGCAAGGCAUGGCAUGGCAUGGUGGGGGUGAGCGAGGUAGGUAGGCAGGGGCGGCCACUCAGAGAGAAGAUUAGCAAAGUGGUCUUCUCGUCAAGUAAGUGCGAGGCACACACCUUCAGGCUACACCAAACUGACUCUCAUCCUCGGAGCCCUCCCCUCGCCCUCGCUCACGGCAGUCAGGUAUCUACCUGACUCCAUGUCUGCCUGUCUGCCUGCCUGCCUGCCUGCCUGUCCGCCCGGUCUACCUCUCUGUCACUCUCGUCUCAGAUAUCCCGUUCUGAAGCUGGCUUGUCGCGUGAACCGUCCAUCCACCCACCUGCGACGGAUGCGAGUAUUUCGUUCCUCUUAUCCUGUUCCCGCUGCUGCUUCCUCUGCCUCUUCUUCUGUGCCUUGGAAAUCUCCCCAGACCCAUACACAAACUUCCCUUUCUCGCCAUCAGUCCCUUCCGCUUCUGCAGCCGCCGACGGCUCAUCCGACCCCAUAUCCCCCGCAACGGGGGUCGCUGCUGAUGCCCCACAUGUGGGGCUGUUCUUGUCGGUGUGGUUGGGCGGGUCCGGCACCCCAUUGGACGGGUGGUGGGGGGGCUGUGAGGCGUUGGAGUUGAGCUCCUCAGCAUGGCGCCUUAGCAUCUGCGCUUCCAGCUCCCUAUACGUGGCAUCCACCUCUCGUUUCUCCGCCUUGCUCUUGAGCUUCGAAGUCUCACGCUUCUGCCUGUCACGCAACUCCUGCUCACAUACGUACCACACAUGGUGCACCCACAGGCAGAACUUGGUCGCCGUGCUGUCGAUCUGAUGUCAGUCGUCAAUGGCGGACCUUGAGCUCUCUCUUCUGCCUCUGGGUGGUCCUGCCCACAUUCCUUGAUGCUCCGUCAUCGUCAGAUGACGACAUGACAUCAGCCUCGUGCCACUCGCCGCGGGACCAAAAGAAUAAAGCCUACAGAGAAGUAUGCGCCGUGUGUGCCUGCGUUGCGUGAAAGAGCGGAGGGAGGG